AUGAGCGGAUUGCUAAAACGUACCUGUGUAGUGGGCGGCAAUGCAGUGUCGGCCUUCCUGUCGUGGAGGCUGCAGGCGACCAAUUCAUGCGACGUGACACUCGUCUGGAAGUCGGGAUUCGAGUCAGUAGCACAAUACGGUGUCUCAUUCAAGUCAAAACAAUUCGGCAAUGAACGGUUUAAACCCCGUCAUGUCGUGCGCAGUCCUGAAGAAGCAUCCUCGAGGGAGAACGCAUACGAUUACGUUAUUCUCUGCGUGAAGGCGUUGCCAGACGUCUACGAUCUGGCUGCAGUGAUUGAGUCUGUCGUUACACCACAACAUACAUGCAUCCUCGUCAACACUACAAACACGCUGGGUGUGGAAGCUCAUCUGGAGCAGCGCUUCCCGACAAACGUCGUCCUGUCCCUCGUUUCGGGUCUUGAGAUCACGCAGAUCGGGGCUAGUGAAUUCGAGCAUACGGGGUCGACGGAGAUCUGGGUGGGACCCGCCAAUAAGAACCCGUCGAUCCCUGCUUCUAUACAGAACGAUAUGGCCGUCGCCCUCGCCAUCACCUUGGGCACCGGCCAGGUGGAUUGCAAGGUUUCCAAGAACAUCCGACAGGAACAAUUUGAACAUAUGGUCGGACCGAUCGCAUUCCACCCCGCCAGUGUUCUCUUUGACACGCCUAAUCAUGCUCAGCUCCUAGAGAAAGUUGGUGUCCGCCAAAUGGUGUCGGACGUUAUCGACGAACUCAUCGAACUGGCCAAAGCGCAGGGCUGUUCGUUCCCAGACAACUUUCGUGAAAAGACGAUCGGGAGCAUGACUGCCCCAUCGGACACUCAAAGCAUUAUGUAUCAGGAUUUCGUUGCGAGGCGGCCCAUGGAAGUCGAGACCUACCUGGGAUCCGCGGUGAAAUUGGCGACGGAGUUGUCUGUCCGGGUCCCGCGGAUAGAGACUCUGUAUGCGAUGCUCCACCAUGUGAAUAUUGUCAACCAGACGAGACCUCAGAAGACGGAGCCUUCUCCCCCCGUCUUAGCGCAGCCACCUCCACGUAUGUCGUCUGUUCCGCCCCAAUCUGGUAUGCCGCCUCUGCGACCCCCGAUGAACGGAGCUAUGAGGUCUAGCCGGACGACCACUGGAAUGGCAAUGAUGCCACCCCCGAGACGUGGUCCACCCCCGAUGGCUGGUCCACCCAGGGCACCAAAUGGCCAGCCAGGCAGACUCCCGCGGGACCCGUCCUUCGAGGAUAGUGGACUCGAGGAGUUCAGUCAUCUGGUUCUGUAUGACGACCUUCCCGACGGUGCUAUACCUCAGAACGGCGGUGGUCCGUACCCCGAUGCUGCUGGUGGAAGUGCAUCCGCGGCGGAUAUCGCAAUGAGAGAGCGAGAACUCGCCCUGCGACAACGCGAACUGCAGCUGCGCGAGCAGGAGCUGCACAUGAGACGUGGACCUCCUGGUCCUCGGAGAGCGCCACCAUCACGACCCGCUCCUAACUUCGAUGAGGACGAUGAAGAUGACUACUUUGAUCCCUUGGACACUCGGAUGGUGCCGCAGAUCGAUCCCGACAAUUUUGAUAUGAUGAGCGUCACAUCGCGUCGCACUAGGAAAGCCCCCAGUGCCAGCCAACUACGCAAGAACCCAGAGAUGAUGGCGAGCAACGGUGGUCGCCCAGGUUCCUCGUUCAGCCGGUACUUUGGCGGAUCGAAGAACCGUACUAGCGCACGCAUCAUGCAGGAUAUGCCGGGUGUACAUGAGAAUCUCUUGGAUAACCCGAUGAUGAUGUACGCAUCUAACAGAUACGGAGCUGUUGACCGCAAGCAAAUGCAUGUCGAAUCGAGAGCGAACUCCUUGACGGUCAGCCGUGCGGGUGACUACGGUCCUGGCCCUUACCCUCCAAGCAGGAGAACGAGCCAGUCACCAGGCACUCCGUUUGGCGGAAUGGGUGGUCGUGGAAUGCCUCGACCUCCUCCGCCUCAGGAUCAUCCGUCCUUUGGACCUCCAAAUGGGAUGCCACAGGGUCGCCCGUCCCCUCCUGGGGGCAUACCAGCACCCGUCCCUCGAUAUCCUCCCGGGCAAGGUAAUGCAGUCGGACCACAGCAAGUGGAGCAAAAUCUUGGGGUGAGCAAUUCGUACCCAGCCAAGGGCUCUCCGAACAACAGCAGUCUGACCGGAAGUGCGAGCGCCAGCGCGGAGAGUGGUGAUAGCGGAGCUAGCGCGAACAUCGACUCUGAAAACUCCGCCCACAGCAGUCAAACGAGUCUCGGUGGCCAGCAGGCACCUAUGCCUGUGCGCUGA